AUUCCCUCUAAUCGGGAGGUUUCUAAGGACUAACGGAUGAAAUGACAAUCUGCUCCCACGAACGACAAUCUGCUCUCCCACGAACCCUAGCUUUACGAACGACAAUCUGCUCUCCCACGAACCCUAGCUUUACGAACGACAAUCUGCUCCCACACAAUCUGCUCCCACGAACCCUAGCUUUUUCUCUGCCCGAAAUUCUUCGUUUGGAAUCAUCGCUGCUUGAAGUGGAUCCUCUCCUAUCGACGCCAUAACUUCACUAUUUCGCCUAAAAUUCUCAGCGUUUGUCCAGAGGCCCUAACUGAAACAAGACGGCCCAAGCAAAACACUGGAGGUUGAAAAGCGGUAAAUCAGCAAUGAACGAGCAUCGCCAAAGCAGUGGAGCAGACAAGUUGAGACCUGUGGAAGCAGACAAGUUGAGACCUGUGGAAGCAGAGAAACAAUGAAACAGAUGACCUGUUGCCUCUCACGCCGGUCGGCGUUCUCUACUUCGCUGAAAAUAUCGGAGUCAGCCGGAAUAUCGGCGUUCUCUACAAUUCUGUAUCUCGCUUAGCAGACCGCAGUGCCCUACUGCUCGUGCACCUGUGCCCCUAGCCCGCUCCCGAAUCCCACCCUGUGCUGCACCCUCCGCCCCUACCUUCUGACUGAGCUGUCUUCCGGUUUUCAAGUGAAAUUCUCGUAGAAGGCACUGCAGCCACUAAAAAAGAUGGGAAAGAAAGGAUCAAACACAAUUAAACAUGAUUCAAAUGGGAGGAAACAGAACCAUGUUAAUGCCAAGUCGAUGUUGAAACUGGAGCAUAUUAAGAAUAUUGCGGUUUGGGCCAGUGGUGAGGCAUCCAUACCUUCUUUAGGCUGCUUUUUUGGCAUGAGUUUAGCUGCUUCCUCCGAGGCCUUGGGAUUGCCUCAUGACUCGACUUUUGUCCCUUGUCAAAGAUGUGAAUCUGUUCUUCAACCAGGCUACAAUUGUACUAUUCGAGUUGAGAAGAGCAACCCAAAGGCUCAUUACAGGAGCAAGAAAUCCAGAUGCAGCCCACAGAAUCAUGUGGUGUACAUGUGCCAUUUUUGUUCACACCAGAACCUAAAGAGAGGAACCCCAAAAGGCCAUAUGAAAGAAAUAUGCCCACAAAAGCCCAAUCCCUUAACCCAUAAAAAGUCAUCUGAAUCAAAGACUGUCACUUCAAGUAAUGGCGAUCAUGAUAUUAUGCUAGACGGGUCUUUUGAAACAGCAGGUGAUCCUACGACGCCUUCAUCGAUGAGAGUGGACAUCACUUUAUUGGACUCGAAGAGAAAGAGAAGGAACUGGUCAGGGGGAUUAAAGAAAAAGCCUGUUAGAUCUGAAUGUGCUUCAACCACCACGACCACUACUACUAAUACAACUACAGACGGUAAUCAUAAAACCACUAUUGACACAGGUGGUAGCAAGAGAAAGAGAAAAUCUUGGACUAGUUUGAAGCACAUUGCUGAAAGUAAUGAGCAUGAUGGUCAUGUUAGGAAGUUCUCAAAUGUGGUAGUCCCUUUUUUUGUAUGAGUUCAAAUUAUUUGUUCAUGCUUGUUGUUAAACUUCAUAGUGUGAAACUUGUGAUUCAAAAGUUUUGUUGUUGCUAUUGUUAGUCAUUUGAUGCACAGUAUCCUUUACUUAGUUGUGGUUCUAACUUCUAACAAAUUCAGGUUAAAAUACCUAAGAAGUGAACAAGUAAGAAGGUGAUAUUUUAAGACGAGUAGUGAAAUGGUAAUUCGAGACAUCAAAUG